CCUCCCCCAUCCCCGUUCUCCCCUUCGCCCCGGUCCCUCCCUCUCUGGGGUGGGGCCAGCCAAUGGGCGGCGAGACUCCCGGGUUUGGCCUGGGAGCCCGGGAGCCCAGAGAUCGCCCCCCCACAGUUCUGGCCGAGGUCCCGGGGCGCACGGACGUGGCUUGAGUUUCCUCCGCUCUCCGAUCGCUCUCACUCUCCUCCCCCCUCCCGCUCUUCCUCCUCUCCCGGUCUCCCGCUCCAGCUUCAGCUCCACACGCCGCCGGCCCUGCGCGGCUCCGGGUAGCCAUGGAGGACACCCAGCUCCACAUCGUCGAGCAGCCGCUCCCCACGUACCCUGACGCGGAGGACCCCGCGUCCUCGAUAGUGCGGGCGUCGGCGGCCGAGGAGCCGUCGGGCACCGGCUCCGAGGAGCUGAUCAAGUCGGACCAGGUGAACGGCGUGCUGGUGCUGAGCCUUCUGGACAAGAUCAUCGGCGCCGUCGACCAGAUCCAGCUGACCCAAGCCCAGCUGGAGGAGCGGCAGGCGGAGAUGGAGGGCGCCGUGCAGAGCAUCCAGGGCGAGCUGAGUAAGCUGGGCAAGGCGCACGCCACCACCAGCAACACCGUGAGCAAACUGCUGGAGAAGGUGCGCAAGGUCAGCGUCAACGUGAAGACCGUGCGCGGCAGCCUGGAGCGCCAAGCCGGCCAGAUCAAGAAGCUGGAGGUCAACGAGGCCGAGCUGCUGAGGCGCCGCAACUUUAAAGUUAUGAUCUACCAGGAUGAAGUGAAACUACCGGCCAAACUGAGCAUCAGCAAGUCGCUGAAAGAGUCAGAUACGCUGCCCGAGAAGGAGGGCGACGAGCUGGGUGAGGGCGAGCGGCCCGAGGAGGACGCCGCGGCGAUCGAGCUGUCGUCGGACGAGGCGGUGGAGGUGGAGGAGGUCAUCGAGGAGUCGCGUGCCGAGCGCAUCAAGCGCAGCGGCCUGCGGCGCGUGGACGACUUCAAGAAGGCCUUCUCCAAGGAGAAGAUGGAGAAGACCAGGGUGCGCACCCGCGAGAACCUGGAGAAGACCCGCCUGAAGACCAAGGAGAACCUGGAGAAGACGCGGCACACGCUGGAGAAGCGCAUGAACAAGCUGGGCACGCGCCUCGUCCCCGUGGAGCGCCGGGAGAAACUCAAGACCUCGCGGGAAAAGCUGCGCAAGUCCUUCAGUCCCGACCACGUGGUCUACGCGCGCUCCAAGACGGCUGUCUACAAGGUGCCGCCCUUCACCUUCCACGUCAAGAAGAUCCGAGAAGGCGAGGUGGAGGUGCUGAAGGCGACCGAGAUGGUGGAGGUGGGCGUCGACGAGGAGGAGGGUGGCGCCGAGCGCGGCGAGGCCCUCGAUCUGCUGCGCGGGAGCAGCCCCGACGUGCACACGCUGCUGGAGAUCACCGAGGAGUCGGACGCCGUGCUGGUGGACAAGAGCGACAGCGACUGAGGGGGGAAGGGUGGGGCUCCGCCCCGGAGGCCUCGCCGCCCCGCCUCUCCCCGCCCCCACCCCAAUUCCUUUUCCUCCUGAACUUUCUCUUUUGCAUUCUUUCUGCGGCCCAAGGGGGCUGACAUAUUUCUAAAUUGAGAACACCUUCCCCUCAACAGGCACCCCUCAAGCCUUAGAGCUGUUAAGACGAGAGGGGGAGGCAGCCUCCGCAAAGGCCAGCCCCGCUUUGGGCGCAGUCUGGGCGGAGACGGAGAGGGCCCACGCUCUGGUUGUGCAAGCUGGGGGUCCUGCGGGGAAAUGCUGUUGUUUCCAUAGUCGGGCCCACCCGGGCCGGGCUGCCCCCCCCCCCCCCCCCCCCCCCACCCCCACCUCCUCCUCACACAUCCAGCUCUGUCAUUCCUGCUCACUGAGCUCUUCUUUCUUAUUCUGAUCCCCCCGGAAGCUUCGAAGCCAAAAUUAACGUAAUAGAAAAGAAUGAAUCCUGAACAAGACCUUUGUCCACACGGGAGGCCCCAUACUGGAAGGACUUGAAAGCUGCUUUUGGGAGAAAAAGCCACGCAUGAGGGUCUAGCACAGGCUGAACCUGCAAAGCGUCCGGACACGGAAGGUUGGCGCCAAGCAGAGCCCCGGGGAGCGGGGGUGGAGAGGGGCGCGCGUGCACGACCAGGCACCUGCACACGGGAGCUCGUGGCUGUGGCUUCGGGAAGGAGAACAGGAAAUAGCAGAAAGUGGAAAUGGGUUAAGAGAGGACCAUUUGCCUCGUUAGCAGCGUGAGAAACGCAGGACAAGAACCCUGUCUUGGGUUCUCCUUAUCCAUCUCAGGAUAAGGAAGGAUGAUGGAUGAGAAAGAGAAAAGAGAAGUAAGCCUCGCCCCUUCCCUCAGCUGGGAUCUGCAUGGUGCCCCAGGGCCAGUCCAUCUCUCAAAGCCCGGAAAAUUGGGGUCCCCAGAAGGGGGCAGCACCCGGCUGCUGUGGAGAAAUGGGAGUUAGGAGGGAGGCAGGCUAGAAAGAGAGCAGGGCGCUAGGCCGGGCCACCGAGCUGAGCGCUGGAGGGGAAGUGUGUUUGGAGCCACCGGCAGCCUCUUCCCAGGAUCCUCCGCGGGGACCAGCAGAAGAGCUGCAGAACCGGCCGAGACCACCUUGCCCUGGCCGGCUCCUCUCCUGAGUCUUCAGGGCUCACGGGGUUGCUGCUCCCAGGUUCUUGGGAUACUGACGCCCUGCUGCUCCUCCCCAGUGAAGGGGGCUGCCAGAAGCCAGCACAGCUCCGCUCUCCCGCCAAGUAGCCAUUUGCGCCACGGCCAACACGUUCCCUCAAGAGGAGGCCGAAGGAUUCUUCCUUCUCCCCCAUCUCCUCUGCCCUUUCCCCCCCUGCCCCUGCUCUGCUUUUUAGGAUUGCGGCCCAUUGCUUUCGGGGGUGGAGGGAGACAGGGAGCCUGGGACACAAACCUUUUUACAAUGCACAGCUUUGCUCCCUCCCCCCCUCACCCCCCACUUUCCUGGUUCCUUUCUCUCUCGUGAACGCUUGGAGACAGGCCAACUGAGGCAGGACGGGGACGGGGACAAGGUGCUGAUGGGCCGGAGGGGCCUGAGCGGUGGGCAGACCCGGUUCCUGCGGGUUCUGGGGGUCUCAUGUUGCUGUGUCCUGGCGAGCAGCCUGACCAAUAAACCUGCUUUUCUAAAAGGAUCCGUGUUGGACUGUAUUCUCCGAAGACAGUAGUAUGUAUAGGACGGCUUACAGGGGACAGGAGGGGACCACGGAG